AUGGCGGAUUCCGGUGUCAAGGAGGCUGAGGCUGGCGUCGCCAAUCUCAUCUUGGACGAGGUCACGGGUGAGAAGGUGUCCAAGUCCGAGCUCAAGAGACGCCAGAAGAACAGGGAGAGGGAAGCCAAGAAGAAGGAGAAGGAGGCCACUGCCCCUCCAAAGGCAGAGAAGAAGAAGUCUGAUGAGGAGGAUGAACUGAACUUGUCAGCCACCCAAUACUUUAAUAUUCGGGCAACAAGGAUCAACAAGCUACGCGAAACCAAGAACCCUGAUCCUUAUCCCCACAAGUUCCAAGUCACCACCGACGCGCGCCAGUUUAUGAAGGACUAUGAACCCUUGACCAAGGGCGAGCAGAAGCCAGAUGUGACCUUGAAAAUCGCCGGGCGUAUCUUACACAAGCGAAGCCAGGGUACUAAGCUAGUAUUCUACGAUAUCCGCGCCGAGGGUAUCAAGGUUCAAGUGUUGUGCCAAGCUCAAAAUGCGAAGGGUGAUGUUCCUUUCGAUAAGCAGCACGAACAACUUCGCCGAGGCGACAUCAUAGGUAUCACAGGUUUCCCUGGGCGCAGUAACCCGCAGAGUCGUGACCAAGGUGAAUUGUCUAUCUUUGCCACCGAAGUCCUGCUUCUUGCACCAUGCCUUCACGCCCUUCCAGGUGGUGGCUUGACAGACCAGGAGCUGCGGUUCCGUCAGCGGUAUCUAGACAUGAUCAUGCACGACUCUUCGCGCAACGUCUUCACUACUCGCCACAAGAUCGUCAAGUAUGUCCGUAGCUUCUUGGAUGACCGCGAUUUCACCGAGGUUGAAACACCAAUGAUGAACGCCAUUGCUGGUGGCGCUACUGCCAAACCUUUCAUCACCCACCAUAACGAGCACAACAUGAACCUUUUCAUGCGUGUGGCCCCCGAAUUGUACCUGAAGAUGUUGGUCGUCGGUGGCUUGGAGCGUGUCUACGAAUUGGGUCGUCAAUUCCGUAAUGAGGGAAUCGAUCUCACCCACAACCCCGAAUUCACCACCUGCGAGUUCUACUGGGCCUAUGCCGAUGUCUUCGACGUCAUGGACCUCACCGAAGAGCUCGUCUCCGGCCUCGUUAAGCACGUCACCGGUGGCUACGAAACCGAAUACACCACACAAACCGGCGAGACCUACCACGUCAACUGGAAGGCCCCCUGGAGACGCGUCGAAAUGAUCCCGGCCCUCGAAGAGGCCGUUGGCGAGAAAUUCCCACCUGGCGACCAGCUGCACACCGAAGAGACCAACGCAUUCCUUAAGAGAAUGCUUGAAAAGACUGGUGUCGAAUGCACUCCCCCGCAGACCAACGCCAGAAUGCUCGACAAGCUGGUCGGCGAGUUUAUUGAAGAAACCUGCGUAAACCCCACCUUCAUCACCGGCCAUCCGCAGAUGAUGUCCCCUCUCGCCAAGUACCACCGCUCCAACCCCGGUCUCUGCGAGCGCUUCGAGGCUUUCGUGUGCAAGAAGGAGAUUGUCAACGCGUACACCGAGUUGAACGACCCGUUCGACCAGCGUAUGCGUUUCGAGGAGCAGGCGAGACAAAAGUCGCAAGGUGACGACGAAGCCCAACUUAUCGACGAAAACUUCUGCACCAGUCUGGAGUACGGUCUUCCGCCAACGGGUGGUUGGGGAAUGGGUAUUGAUCGUCUUGUUAUGUUCUUGACCAACAAUUACACUAUCAAGGAAGUCCUCACCUUCCCAUUCAUGAAGGAUGACAAUACUGAGAAGAAGCCCACGGCUGCAGAGGUUGUUGGUAUUACUCCUCAGCCGGAAGAGGGCAUUCCACACAAAUAA